AUGCCAGAGGUUCGAAACGAUGCUCGUUUCGACUCAACGAAGUUCUUACUCCAGUACUGGCAAGCUGGCAUCCCAGGGUUCGAGCCAUACAUUGCCCUCGGAACUGAAAUCCUGCACAAUGUCAUCAAAUGGAAUCUAACGCCUACUGGUAUUGCCAAGCUGAACAAGCCGUUGUCUGAUGAGGCAAACGCUGCUCUAAGUGAUAUUUUAACCGAUGACGAAGCGCGGCAAAUCAUCGCGCCUAUUCUAGAGAAGCGCCGUGUACAGAAGGUAGCAGAUCCAAGCUUAGAGUAUCAUGAUGCUUUGGACUGGUACGAGACGGCAGCGAAAAGAAUGAGCGUUGACUAUGAUCCUGCCGAUCAACAGUUGGCCCUCAGUAUUUCUGCCAUUCUGACCAGCAACGAUCUCAUGUCCCAGAGCAUCAUGGAUCUUUGUAAGAACCCAGAGAUGUUCGAGCCCCUAAGGAACGAGAUCCGGUCUGUUAUCGGAGAUGGGCAGUGGAGGCCUACGAGUCUCUACAAUACGAAGCUCCUUGACAGUGUUCUUAAGGAAACUUUGCGUCUUAAGCCUGUCGCAGCUGUGGGUCUUGGACGCAGAGUCAUGGAAGACGUCCGCCUCAAAGAUGGCACAUUUCUUCCCCAAGAUUCUGGCAUUGCUGUCAAUGCGGAAAAAAUGUGGGACCCGAAGAUCUAUGAGAACCCGCGAACCUAUGAUGGAUACCGUUUCCUGAGACUGCGGGAAGCUUCUGAGCAAGGGGAAAAGACAUCUCAGCUGGUCAGCACUUCGCCUGAACACUUAGGUUUUGGCCUCGGCAUUCACGCUUGUCCUGGUCGCUUCUUCGGCGCCAAUACGGCGAAGCUGGUCAUGUGCCACCUGUUGCUCAAGUACGAUAUCAAGCUGGCGGAAAACGCCAACACCAAUCCUCUGGAGUUUGGGUUUUCUAUGCUUGCAAACCCCACCACCAGGGUCCUUGUCAGGCGGAGAAAGGAGGAGGUGAACUUCUAA